AUGUACGCCGACGAAGUGGGUAUCCCGCAAACCGAUAGAAGGCGUUGGAGGUUGCACAUUGACGAACUCGGUGCAGAGAGAUGGUCCUACUCCAGCUUAGAAGAAACAGCUUCUGAAAACGGUCAAUCAAGCUAUGUCAAAUAUUUGUUGGAGUUACCAGAUUUCCCCGCCCCAAAUCCCAAGAAAUGUCGAAACGAUCCCGAGUUCAGUGCGUUUGACGCUGCUCACAACGGUGCUGCAUUUUUCAGUUUACUUCAGGAAGACUGCGGUGUGUUCCCAUGCCAGUAUAAGGGCCCAAUGUUCAUGAACAUUGGAUACGUAGCAACCUUUUACUGUGCCGGUGUUCCAGUGCCAGAACCUGUGAGAUUAGAAAUGAUUCGGUAUCUUGUUAAUACGUCACAUCCUGUCGACGGUGGAUGGGGACUUCACGAAGUGGACAAAUCAACGGCGUUUGGAACUGUGAUAAACUAUGUGAUUUUGAGGCUACUGGGCCUCCCAAAAGACCAUGUCGUAUGUGAACGGGCGAGAAAAACGCUUCAUAGGUUAGGAGGUGCCAUUGGUGCUCCUCACUGGGGCAAAAUUUGGCUUGCAAUACUAAAUCUUUACGAAUGGGAAGGUGUUAAUCCAGCACCUCCUGAGCUGUGGCUCUUGCCAUAUGCACUACCGCUUCAUCCUGGAAGAUGGUGGGUUCAUACGAGAGCUAUUUACGCUGCAGUGGGUUACCUUUCUGCAGCAAAAUAUAGCUGCGAGCUUACACCAUUGUUGGCUGAGAUCCGUAACGAAAUUUAUGUCAGAAGUUUUGAAUCCAUUGAUUUCAAGAAGCACAGGAAUACCAUUUGUGGCGUCGAUCUUUACUAUCCUCACACCCGUCUAUUGAACACCGUAAACAGCAUGAUGGUCUUUUACGAGCGUUUCGUUAGACCCAAUUGGCUUCUGAAAUACAGCAACAAGAAAGUGUAUGAAAUUAUUCAGAAGGAGAUUCAAAACACUGGGACUCUCUGCAUUGCACCUGUCAAUUUCGCGUUUUGCUCCCUAGUUGUUAUGAUCGAAGAGGGCAAAGACUCCUCUCUCUUCAAACAAAUGCUGGGUAAUUUCAGUGAGGUACUCUUCAUGGGACCCCAAGGUAUCACCGUUAUGGGAACAAACGGGGUACAGGUUUGGGAUUGUGCUUUUGCUGUGCAAUACUAUUUUAUUGCAGGAUUGGCGGAGUUACCAGAGUUCCGUGAUACUAUAAUACGCGCCUACAAAUUUCUUUGCCGGUCUCAAUUUGACACCGAAUGUGAACCUGGUAGCUUUAGAGAUAGGAGAAUUGGCGGCUGGCCAUUCUCAACGAAAACGCAAGGUUAUACCGUUUCCGACUGUACGGCAGAAGCUGUGAAAUCCAUUAUCAUGGUCAGGACGUCUCCCGUUUUUGCAGAUGUCAAAGACCAAAUAUCCGAUGAUCGCCUGUACAAAGCUAUCGACGUUUUGUUAGGUCUUCAAAACGUGGGCUCCUUUGAAUAUGGGUCCUUUGCCGCUUACGAAAAGAUUAAAGCUACACCAUUACUUGAAAAGCUCAAUCCUGCCGAGGUCUUUGGUAAUAUCAUGGUAGAGUUCCCAUAUGUUGAAUGUACGGAUUCUUCUGUUCUGGGAUUAACGUACUUUCAUGCCCAUUACGAAUAUCGUAAAGAUGACAUCGAGCGAGCGAUUGAUCUCGCAAUAAACUAUAUCAAAAACGCUCAAAGGAACGAUGGUAGUUGGUAUGGUUCGUGGGGGAUAUGCUUCACUUAUGCAGGGAUGUUUGCUUUGGAGGCUCUUCGUACAGUGGGGGAGACAUACGAAAACUCUGACACCGUCAAAAAGGGCUGCGACUUUUUGGUGUCGAAGCAGCGAGAUGAUGGAGGGUGGAGCGAGUCCAUGAAGUCAAGCGAACUGCAUGUGUAUGUCGAAGCAGAGAAAUCUUUAGUUGUUCAAACCGCAUGGGCAUUAAUUGGCCUCCUGUUGGCCGACUACCCCAAUAAAACCGUGAUCGAACGGGGUAUCAACCUCUUAAAAGAAAGACAGCUCUCAUCCGGCGAAUGGCGGUUUGAAGAGGUAGAGGGCGUAUUCAAUCAUUCUUGUGCCAUUGAAUACCCAAGUUAUCGAUUCCUGUUCCCUAUAAAAGCGUUAGGACUUUACGCUCGAAAAUAUGAUAAAGAUUCCUCAGAAAUAGACUCUAUUUCGUGA